GAAGGAAUUCUUGUAAAUCGGAGUUAAAGUUUAAAAAUACUUGCGAUUGUGGAAUUCUCCAGUAUUUGCAUUGCCUGCUUCUUAUUCAAAUGUAGAUCAAAACAUUAAUUGCAGGUGUGGACGUGGCUCCUUGUUCUGCAAAAAACAGAUGCAUCCCGAGAGCGGAGUGUGUCGAGCUACAGGGGGGCUCACACCUUUCAAGCCCCAGAAAUUGCUCCUGGGGGCUUAAGGGAACUCUACCCACGCUCUCCUCCCCCUCUUUUCCCGAGGGGAGAGUUUUCAGGCUGUCAGACAGUUGAUGUACGCUGUUCUGGCAGCUAAACGCAAUCUCGGGGCUGGAACAUCCUAGAGAGAUGUCCGUCAGAGCUUACGUUGCCACCAGAAGCCCAUGGUCAGAGAAAACAACCCACUUGAACUGAUCAGAUAGUUAACAUUUUCAGUCAGAGGUUUGGAAGAUUCUGUUAAUGUUACAGUAAAGCAGAUUUAGUUCAUCUAAUCAUGUUCCUUUUGGGAUUACUGACAAUAAUUACCUAUCCUUGAGAAAGAAUCAGCACUGAGAUAUGAAUUGUUUCAAAUAUUAGAUGUUGACAAAAUAAACAUUAAAUCUGUAUUUUAUUAUAUAUCUAAUAAUAUGUUUACAUCAGCAGUCUUCAAAACAGACAGGAGCAUCAGCAGCUUAUCCUUUGACAUCCCCUCCCACAUCCUAUCACAACACUGUUACUCCUUCACCUUCAAUGAUGCUCACCCAGUCACCAGGAACUUUACAUGCUUCAAAUUCUCCGAGUGGAGCAUUAAGAGCACCAUCACCAGCAUCAUUUGGCCCAACUCCUUCUCCUUCAUCACUUGGAAUCACAAUGGGACAAAAUGCAAACUUUGCCAGCCCCCACGGCACAAUAGAUCCUAGUUCACCAUACACAAUGAUGUCACCCAGUCAACGUGCCGGGAAUUGGCCAGGUUCACCUCAGGUUUCUGGUCCCUCUACAGCAACACGUAUGCCUGGAAUGUCACCAGCCAAUCCUUCCUUACAUUCUCCAAUACCAGAUGCAUCUCAUUCACCACGAGCAGGAACAAGUUCUCAAGCAGUGCCAACCAAUAUGCCUCCACCACGUAAACUACCUCACCGUUCCUGGGCUGCAUCCAUACCAACAAUUCUCACUCACAGUGCCUUGAAUGUUUUAUUGCUGCCCUCACCAACCCCUGGUCUCAUGCCAGGACUUGCAGGAAGUUAUCUUUGUUCACCACUUGAACGUUUUCUUGGAUCGGUUAUUAUGAGGAGGCAUCUCCAAAGGAUUAUUCAGCAGGAAACGUUGCAGCUUAUCAAUUCCAAUGAACCUGGAGUGAUCAUGUUCAAAACAGAUGCUCUGAAGUGUAGAGUUGCCCUUAAUCCCAAAACUAACCAGACCUUGCAACUAAAAGUAGCACCUGAAACUGCAGGCCAGUGGAAGCAAGAAGAAUUGCAAGUUUUGGAGAAAUUUUUUGAAACCAGGGUUGCAGGGCCACCAUUCAAAGCCAAUACUUUAAUAGCCUUUACCAAGCUAUUGGGAGCCCCUACACAUAUUCUUCGGGAUUGUGUACACAUCAUGAAACUAGAACUGUUUCCUGAUCAGGCAAGCCAGCUGAAAUGGAAUGUACAGUUUUGUUUGACAAUUCCUCCAAGUGCUCCACCAAUUGCACCUCCAGGAACACCUGCAGUUGUGCUGAAAUCGAAAAUGUUGUUCUUUCUUCAGCUAACACAAAAAUCUGCAGUUCCACAGGAAGCCAUGAGCAUAAUCGUUCCAAUCAUUUAUGACAUGGCUUCAGGUACUACACAGCAGGCAGAUAUUCCCCGGCAGCAGAACUCUUCAGUUGCUGCUCCCAUGAUGGUUAGCAAUAUUCUAAAGAGGUUUGCAGAACUGAAUUCACCACGGCCAGGUGAGUGUACAAUCUUUGCAGCUGUUCGUGAUUUAAUGGCUAACCUUACAUUGCCCCCUGGUGGGCGCCCAUAGGCUUUUAUACAAAGGGUAAAAAUGAGAUGAAAUGGAAAAACUCUGAAAUAAAGCCUUUGGUUACUUAGAAUGGAAGAGACAUUUUCACGUGUCACAAUUUUAAAAGAGCUGAUACAAUGGAUUGGCCUACUUUCAGGGAUGCACUUUCAUCAGUUGUUUUUUUUCUUGGUACAGCACUCUUAAAAUGUUUUACAUUUCAGACUCAUAAUAAAUUUAUGUAUCCUCUUGCAAGUAAAGAGUUAAUAUUCUGUUUUAUACUUCAAAGAUUAUGAAAAUGCCAAAUUUGUUUAUUUAAAUUUUUUUUCUGAUGUCUUGGUGUAAGUCUUUUUUUAAAGCAGAGCUGUCAUUUUUUGAAUACUGUAAAACUAUGAAAAACUUUAUAUUGAAACUGUAUUUUAAUAUUACUGCUUUGGAAUGUUAAAAAUGGACUUGUUAUAAACAUGUCCGCAAAAGCAAUAUUUAAUAAACUAGAUUUUUAAAAAUAAAGUUAAAGUUACUUUUAAAAUGUACAUUUAUAUAGGAAAAAAACCUGGAUGGCUGUUUUUUUCCUCAACUUUAUUGGUUCUCAGACAGUACCUUGCUUUCAGCUACCUUGAGUUCUAGUAGUGGACCUUCUGCCGAGCUUUUUAAAUUUAUGCAUUAAAUGAUGAAUUUGAAACAGG